GGGCCUUCCUGGUGGGGAUGUACAGCCAGAUUGACACCAGCUCUCAAAUCUCAGAGGCUCUGAAGGUCCUGCACAUGGAGGCCACAAUCUGAACACAUGGUUCUGGGAGCUUCACUUCCAGUGGAAUUUAACUGGACUCAGCAGCUGCAUUGAGACCCUGUAAGAAGGCACUGUAUUUCAGCCAAUGUCCUGAAGGAUCAAAGAUAUGAUGCAGCAGGCCAGAUGAAGAGCAGGAAGGGGCAAGGACAGAGCUGUCUGGCUAAGUUGCCGUUACUGUGGGAGAAAAAUCUCCCGAAUAUUGUGCCAAACAGGGACCAGUUUUGUCACGGAGUCUUAGGGCAGCGGCUGACGCUUACUUUGGUUGGUUUUUUUUUCCUCCAAGAGGGCAGAACUGCUGGGAGAGCAGAAGGGAGUGUUGGCCCUUUCAGUUAAGUCUCUGCACUUUAUGCUGGAAAAAAAUGUGGAUAUGUGCAGGGGGAGAGACCAUUUAAUGUUUUGAUGGUUUUCUUUGGGGGGUGGGAAGCAGCUGGUGGGUGGAGUUGUUUUUUUUUUCUUGUGGGUUUUUUUUCCUCCAAUUAAAAUUCUUUGUUUCCAUUGUGCCUUUUUCUGCUUCGUGCUGCCACUGGUGUAGCCUGACAUCCUUCUCUCCCUGUUCUUCACUGUCUGUUAUUCUAGAUACAGCUUCUCUGAAAGACUUGUCCUUGUGGCCAGAUGUAUGCAGAGCCCUCUUGGCCUUUUACGGUUUAUGCUAGAGAAAGUGUAGAAGGAUCGCUGGCAUGAGGGAGAUGAAUUUGACGAUUGGGUCUUCGUAGCACCAACUGCUGACGAGAUCUUGUGAGAGGUUUCUUAGAAAACUUUUCUUUAAAAACAACUAAAGAAAACUUCUUAGUACAUCUGCAAACAUCCCAGUUACAGCAGCUGAAUUUGAGUAAGCAGCUGGCCUUUCUCUUUGGCAUCUGCCAGUUUCUCCCUGUGAUUCUUCUCCUAGCCCUUGUCUGCUGAUCGAUGUGAUUGUUUACUGCCAGUUGUCAUGGGAGAACAGAAAAGGUGGUGGCUUCCAUCCCUCCAAUGCAGAGAAUUCACUGCCCAUUUCAUAGUCAUUCUGUUCACUGGCUUGCUUUCACAUCACUUGUCUCUUUUCCUCUCAUCCCAUUUGCUUGUAGAGAAUCUAGUAUCCUAAAUACAAAGAUCCUGGAGGCAUUUCAUGGACAGCUGUAAAUAAAUCUAUAUCCUUGUGAGAGGCAGUUGUAACCUUGUGGGUGGCAAGAUGAAGUGUUGUCCAUUCUUUCAAACAAGAAAUGCUAUGACUGAAUGCUUAUGCUGUAUGAAUUGCUUGCUUUGCAGAGAAUUGGAGGAGAAAAGGGAGAGAGAUGAACUUCCCAACCACUGUUAAGUAGCCUCUCCUUGCCUUUAAAUAGAUUAGAGCUAUUGCUUAAGGAUGCAACAUGCUUUCUUCCUCAGCAGCAUCUGCUUCGUAUCCAGAGCCACUACUGUGGCAAUUAGCUAGAUAUAAAUUAUGUGGAGGAACAGCUGAAGAAGAUCAAGUCAGUGAAAUGGUUUUCCUGAGGGGCUCAAUGACAGCAGGAUUAACGCCUGUCUAAAGGGUUCCCAGUGAGAUUACUGGCUCCUCUCACUGUAGUCUCUUAUCAGGCAUCAUUAAAACACUGCUCAGUUUGUCAGAGCAGGGAAGUAUUUCUCUUGGCGCUGCUGUGUGCCCUGAGCCAGUGGGAACUUAUGGGACUGGCUGGGAAAGGGUUUUUCACAGGACUUUGAGCUGAGGAGAAGUAAAAAUGUUGCAGGACUGUUAUCACAGCAAGGAUGGAAUCAAAGUAGUGGUUUUUUUGCUGAAGAGCCUCCCUCUGGAGUAGGAUUUCUGGAAAGCCCCAUCCAGGGCUUUAACUACAAAUGUGUAUGGGUAAAAAGCAAUGGUGUGGCUGGCCUCAAGUUCUAUGAUGUCUGCUUGGGGGCCAGGUUUAGAGGAGCAGAGGACACUCGUGUGGUGGCAGAACUGUUAAACCACCUCUCACUGCAGGAUAGCUAGACUUGGCAGAGCAGUGGGGAACCAGGUGUGCUGGAGAAGGUAGAAACAGUGUCUUUAUCAUCAAGAGCUCAUCUCUUUUGGGAGAUCAGGAAACAAACUCAAAAGUUUGUAAGAGGGUAGAAGCUGUGCUGUCGAGCAAGGUAUUUCUAAUCUCCCAAAAGAAAAAGCAUCAUCUGUGAUUUGUUUCCCUGCCUGUUUUCUGCUAAAUUGAAAGUUCCUGCUAUGUGUUUGCUCUGCUACCAUCCUCUGAAUGUAGUGGAGCUGAGCAGGCUGGCUUGAAGCAUGAUGCUGAAACCAGAUCAUGGCUGUGAGGAGAGGGGGCAGCUGAGGAGUGCCUGAAUGUGAGGAGACAGCUCGGGGCAGGAGUGCUGUGGGAGCCCAUCCUUAACAGCUGUGACAGCUCUGAAAUGGUUAGCAACAGCAUUACAGAUGCUCUGACACUCGCCUGCCUUUUAAUCAGUGCUCUGUAACUUUCAUCUCUGCCUGGCUGAGCACCUUCUCUUCUCCCAUCCCUGCUGAGCUGACAGUGUUAUCCUUAGUAGGUCUGCUGGGCUCCUCCUGGGGGCUGGGGCCAUGUUCUGUGUCUUUCAGAGAUGUUGACUCACUUAAAAGAAGAGCGAGGAGGACGUUUGCAGUAUUGCUCCUAUCAGCCCAGGGGAGCUCACAAGACUCACCCAGUGGAAAUUGCUGCUGUCUGCCUGUCAGAGGACAUGCCCCAAAGUGGCAAGAUCAUUUGGAUGCUCCUCUGCCACAAGCUGCUGCAGUUGAGAGCUUCCUAGGUGAGUUGUGGGCUGCCAGAGCUGGUGUCCAGCGCGUCCACCGGGAACAAGCCUACUCCCAAGCCAGUGCUGGUGUCCUAGAAAUGUCCUGGGAAUCCCACCCAGCUAUAGAGGAAGGAAAUGCUGUCUGCAGGCUUGUUCUUCAUCCUGUGGCUGCACCAUACCAUGCUGGAAGCAGUUCUUCUUGUCUGAGUGCCUGUUAUACGGAGAUGGUAGAGGGCUGAGGAGCAAAGGAGGGGCUGCAGGGUCCUUUGACUAAGCCUUUGACAGGUGGGCAAGGACAGGGUAGGAACACCAUUAGUAUGUUUUAUAAUGAUUAUCAUAACUUUGGACUGGGAGUCAUGAGACUUCCCCUUUUUUCCCCUCUGGGAAGGGGAUGGAGGUGCAGCUCAUCUCAAGUCCUCGCACUUGCCCAACAUGAAGUCUCACCACAUGUAUGUACACCUCGUGCUAGAUAGCAGAAGCAAGAAUGGCCAUCCAGGCACGCGGUGGCUGGCAGGAAUUUAUUGGGACUGAGAUGGAUGGAGUCUGGUGUGGCAACAGUGUGGUCCUAUGCAUGCUUGUGCUGCAGGGCAGGGGCAGUAGUGCUGGUUCGGCUGAGAGCAGGGCAUGACUAACAGGGGAGUUGCCUGCCUGCUCCUCACUCAGUAGCAGCUGCCCCUGGGGAAUGCAUUACAACAGAGAACUGGAAGAGACCCAGCACUGACCUCAGAGGCAAAUCUAUCUGACCUGCUGUUGGCAACAGAAAGGCAGGGAGGCUCUCCAGGUAACUGCUAACAAGCAGGCUUUCACGGACAAAGGCAUCAAUGUUUUGCCAGCCUUUAGAAUUAGAGGAAGGAAAGAGACACUUUGCUUUGCAAGCAGCAGCAUGCAAGAAGCUUGGUGCAAAAAAAGAGAGAGGAAAAGUCCAUCUCCAUUACUUAUUGUGCAUGGGUAGAUGUGGGCUGAGGAGUCUAUGACUGCUCCCUGGUGCCUCGCCAUCCUCUUCAGCCAAUUUCAUCUGUGACCUCGGUUGGUGACAGCUACAGUUCCGGCCCUGCCUGAUCUCAAUUAACUUCUCUCUGGCCACGCUGCAGUUCAAGACAGUAUGAUUCACGCUUAAGUCAAGGAGUUAUUCAAUAAAAGGUAAAAAUGUGUUAAGACUUUCGUUGGCUUUGUGUAUGUCAAGGCCAGCCCCACACCAGCUAAGCAGCCUAGAUUCUAUAGAGGUUGCAUUUGCCUAAGGUGGAUUGAUGUUUAAACUUCUGCUUUGCCUUUCCAUGCAUUUAAAUAAUACCACCCUAAAGCAGCAAAAAAUAGAGUUUGUAUUUUCUCCUCCUUUUAAAUUCAAGAGAUCUUAAUAAUAACAUCUCUGCUUGUCCUGUGUAGCUGGUGUUGUCUUGCCUUUCGCCUUGCCCUGUUUGCAUGAACAGCAUCUCUAACUGAAGAAGAUAUUGGACAAAAGAACAUCAAGACCCCCAGCAACAAUUAAAAAAUUCAUUAAGCUACAAUAGCCCAGUCAUCACUGGGUAAUUAUUAAGCUGUAAGAAUUGCUAAUUGUCUUAUUAGUAUUGAACAAUUAUGCAAAUAAUGGAAAACAUACUAUAAGAGUAAUAAAAUUACCUCUUUUUUUUUUUUUAAUCAAUAAUGAGAUUUAAAAACUAAGGCAAUGCUUGCAGAUUUGCUCUCUCUGGAGUUUAUAGGGGAUGUCUUUGGAGAGGAGUGAGACCGCUAAUGGCACUCUGCACAGGGUGAGUAGCACGUUUUGAACCACAUCUACAGCCACAGCACCAGGCUGUGUCCCCUGCUCUGCACCCACACCGGCAGCCCAGCAGCAGCCUAGGGACACGCAGGGGCCAAGGGCACAUGGUGCUCUCAGAGCUAGAGCAGGACUGGAUAGAAAGUCUGAAUUUUGCAUUCUCGCAGGCUUCCUACAGCACGCCUGGCUUUCUGCAAUCUGUUCUCCCCUGGAUAAGAUGUGGGGCUUCAGGUUUGGUCUGGGUGGAAGUAAGGCAGAUGGUAGCUUUUUCUCACCAAUUUAGGGUGAAAGUGGAAAGUCUUGGCCUUUAAAAUCAUUUUAUUUCAAGGGUUUUAUUCCUAGCUGGAAACCAGAGGUAAGAGCUGGCCUCCCUUCCUGGUGAGGAACCAGAUGGAUUUCAGAGUUCAGCUCUAAGCAGAAUGCUGAAAACGUGGCUUUGUUUUCCAGUGAAACAAGUCUAAAGCUUUGUUUGCCCACACCAUCCUGAAAUGGAGGCUCCAUUUACUUGUGUCCGCAAGGAGUCUGAAAGAGGCAAAGGGCUUCUUUGCUAAGAGUGAUUAACGCUGUUAAUCACUAACAAAUAUUAUCGUGUUUCCGGGCUUUAAAUUCUGCUCUGCUGAUAAAAACACAGCAUGUCAAAGCAGCCAAGCCAGCUCCUGCUCCAGGGCAGGUCCUGCUCCCAUGGUGAUGCCAUGACAGAUGUGGUUCACCUCACGCAAUCUCAGGAUCCAUAGAGGUUUUGAUCAGCAAAGCGUACCUUUACUUUCACUUUCUGAUAAGAGCAGUGAAGUUUGUGGCUCUUGGAGAAUUGCAUUUUGUCAUGGCUGUGUGAGGGUCACAGAUCACCACUGGCCAUUUCAGCUCACUCUGAAGAGGAGGGAAGGUCUGACAAGCACCAUCACUGUUUGUAAACUGCUUGCAGUUCCCUGAGCUUCACUGGUGCUCUACAAAUCAGUUGUUAUAUCUCUCCAUUUUUCCUUCUCACCUGGUGGGAAGGAUGCAGCAGGUGGAUAGUUUCCCACCGUUGCUGCUUAGCAGUCACUUUCUGAGAUGGAUCUCUUGCCUGUCCCUCGUCUCUCUGUGCUGGGGACAGGAAAGCCAACAGGCCACCUUGCCAGUAAUGGUUAAUAAGAGACAGAGACUUGGUGGUGUUUUUUUCUUAGUCAGGCAUUGCAUUACACCUGGGUGGCAGGACACACUUAGCCCUGAUGCUUUGUUUUUGAUGUUUUGAGGAUUUGGGAUAAUGGCUAUACUAUUUACAAGCUUCUCAGUGGCAUAUGUUGUGCAGGGAUUUACCAAAAUGCCCUUCUCUGCAACUUCACAUUUCACUUUCAUCUUCUUUCAGUGGAAAUUCGUGCUCAGACUUGAAAUUUUUAAUAACUUUCUUCUCCUGCUGUACAGGUCAAAGUAGCCGGGCUCCACGGAGAGGCAGUACCAUGCAGAAGCAUUUCUGUGUUAGUAGCUGUGAAAUUGUAGGAGCUUCCUUUCCUUUGGUUUGGGCCUCUCUGUCUCUGUGGAGUCAGCCUGGCUGCCUUCUGGGAAGAGAGAGCUGAUGAGGCAUGUUACUGAUGAGACGUGUGCUUUUUCCUUCUUGUUUUGAAUCCCUCAAUUUAAUGUAAGCCAUUGGCAGGAGAAUGUACGAGAGCUCUUGGCUACAGCACGUACUUCCUAUUGUUGAGAGUGAACAGCCCCGUGUACAGCCUGCAGCAAAAUUAUGAAGUAGCUCAAUUUGAUCUACUGAUUUCCCACAGUAGUUAAAAGAUGUGCUUUUCCAGUCUAUGACGUUGUGCACUCUAUGAAAAAAAUGUGUUAGUUGAGGCCUCGUGCUGUCUGAUAUGAGGAAUCAACCCUUUCCUUCUUCCUCGGGUCCUCAAAGUAACAAAUGUUGGCUUGUUUUUCAUUGGGCUUCAGGGUUGUUCUUGUCAUAUAUUAAACUCCUUCUCUACUAAUGGUAAAACCCAGGAUACUGCAUAAGGGAGCCAGGAUAAAUGUAAGAGGUGGUAUCAGAGAGUGAUCCCCCACUAGUCAUAACGACUGUCAAAGAGCACUGAGCAUUUCUCUGCUGUAGUUCAGUAUCUAGGAAGAGAACUGAAAAGGAACGAGAGGGAAGGAAAAAUGUCUGAAAAUACAGAAGAAUAAAUCCCUCCUUAUCUGUGGCCUGCUGUGCCCCAAAAGCUUCUGAACACGCCUUGGGAGGCAUGAAGGUAAGGUGCACAAAAUGGGGAUAAGGACAUGUAAGGUACCUCAAAGGAAAACAUGUAAAAGGGAAGAAUGCAAUCCAGAGUAAAUGUUUGUAAGCUUCAUUCUGCAAGGAGCGUCCUGUGAGAGCAGCAGUUGUUGGUAAUGGGUAAGCAGCUGUAAGGCAGUUCUGCUCCCAUCCUCCCCAGUCCCUCUCUCUAGUGGUUGUUAGUUUACCUGUUGGUGCAUUAAAGUAGCUAUAAACUCCUGCAGAGCUCUCCUUAAUCACCAGCUAAAAACACUGCACAACUCGCUGAUGUCUCUAUUUUGAAAAGCCAUUAUUGGGGCAGUAGUAAUACUAUUACUGCUUUAACUAACUUGUUCAGCAAUGUCAUUUUAAUCACCUUAGCAUAACCUGCUUCUUUUGGUAUAGCAAGGGCUGUGCCUCCAGCCUUGCUCUCUUGGGAUGCACAGCUUGAAGCCAUUGACUAACAGAUUCUUCUUCUGGUGUCUGCAAGCCUGGAUGCCUUUCUGAUAGGUUCGCCUCAGUCAAACACAGAUGACCUGGCUCAGUAUGGGGAGGAGUGGGGUGACAUGUAGUGGCCUGUGACAUAUAGAAAAUAGCAGCUGCUCUCAUAGUCCAGCCUGGCUUUCCGCUCUGUGGAUCUGUGUCCCCUGCUACCCAGCCCCAGCUGCCCCUUCCCAAAGUGCAAGGUAAUGAGAAGGCACUGACCACAUCGACUCAUUAAGCUGGGUUUGUUAGAAGACAGAUUGUCAUGUUAGACAAAUAUAUAUAAAAAAAAAAAAGAUAUCAUUCCCUGUGCUGUGCCCCAUCUGGGCCAUUAAAUCUGAAAGGGGCAACUACAGCUGUGUCAAAGCUCGGCUCAGAAGCUGAUUUCCACCACUGAUUGGCAACAACUCCAUUUCCAAACAUCAAUUUUGUCUCCUCAUUUCUCAGUGCUGCUCUAUUUAGAUUGCAAGCACAGCAGGGGGAUGCAUACUGCUAAACAAAACAAUAUUUGGGACUUUACACAAGAGAAACCCCCAAAAUGCAUUUCCUGAACCCAUCACCUCCUUUUUAUUUCUCACAAGGCCCCUUCGCUAAGUGACCUGAUGACAGAGGAUAGGAAGGACCCAUCUGCCCAUCGUUAGCCAGUUUGCUUUUCAUGAAGUUUCAUCAAUCUAAUGAAAAGGUGGUUUGGAAACAAACCAGGACAGCUCAGCUUUCAGUGUUCCAACACAGUUCCAACUAGGGAAAAAGCAAGCCUCUUUUUUGAGGGGGAAGAAAAAGAAACUAUUUUGAGUGAACCCAGCUUUUCUUUAGAUUGGUCCCCUGGUAGUCUGAUUAAUUUCGAGUGCAGAUGUUUACCCCAUCCUUCCCAGAAUACACAUAAUACUCAAGAGCAGCCUUACUGUGUCGUAUUUCCUACUUGCCUCACUGUUCUGUUAGUGUUGCAGUUGUGCAGCAACAUAUGCUAAGGCCUUAUUACAAGGGAUUCCUAUAAAUGGCAUAAAGGAUUAAUAAUGUAUUUAUAACACAACUUUGUUUUAGUAUAAAGUGAUCUAUAAAUUUGUAAUAAAUGUUUUAUAAUGUUUUUGUAGCCUGUUAUAAAUGAUAAAUGGGAGACUAUAGAUGCCACAUCAAAUAUUCAUGCUGCAUUGUGUGCAUUAUUAUGCCGUUACUGUUCAGGAAACCAUUAAUAAUAAAGUGAAUGGAGAUGUAAAAGUUGCUGACAUGCCCAGCAAGCCAUUUAUAAUGAAAUGUAUAAUCCUUACCAUAAAGUAAAUACAUUGGCCAGUGAUUGUUGAUGAAAUGGAAACACACUGAAUUAUUUGUAAGGUAUUUAUAUAUUAAUGUAUAUUAUCCAUAUCAUGUCAUAGAAAUGCCAUUAAUAUAUUAUAUUAUAUGUAUUAUUAAUUAUUUUUACCUGAUUUAUAGGCAGCUCCUAAAGCGUUACCUUGUCUCUUCCGCAGCCACGUGCGAGUCUAUCUGAAACUUCAAUUCCCUCAGUAAAGAAAAUGUGUACGAGAACAACAAGUUGUUGGAGGCAUGGCUGGAAUCAAGCGUUCUUCUUCUGAACUUCAGGAGCAGCCUGCUGGGAAGAAAGCUGUUCCAGAGCCUCCUAAGCCAGUGUCUCCAAAACUGCCUUCUGCACACCCACCAGCCAAAGCUAAGCCAAAAGAAGCUUCCCCAGUCCCCACAAAGGGUGUCUUGACAGAGAGUGGGAAUAUCCGUAGCAGCUGCUGUGGUAUCUGCGGGAACCACGUCCACCUGGUACAGCGUCACUUGGUUGAUGGGAAGCUCUAUCACAGGAAUUGCUUCAGGUGCAGGGAGUGUUGGAAUGUGCUUCUUCCUGGAAGCUACAAAGCUGGGCCUGAGCCCGGUACAUUCAUCUGUACCAGCCACCAGCAGCCAGACAGUGUCCAGAUCUCUGGGCUCAGCAGCACCCAGAACAAACCUGAGAGCACCCCAACCCCUACUAGUGCCAGAGCAUUCCAGAAAGCAGCAGAACCCAAGAAACAGGAGCAGGUGUUGAAGAAACCGAGCCAGGAAGGCCUUGCUAAUUCAACCAAGCCAUCUGUUUCAUCUUCUGGAAGCUCUGGCUUCAGAAGUCUGAAUACUCCAUGGUCGUCUUCAGCUGUAAAUAAAUCAGAUGACUGCAAAGGUAUCCCAUUGGGAAAUAAAACAGAUCAUCAUGAAGGUACCACGUCAGGACCUCUUUGGACAACCUCCAAAACAAAAACACAGCAGGCCCGUGAAAAUUUUUUUCAGUCAUUAGAGUCCUCCAGCAAUAAAACCUCUGAUGCUAAAAACCAUGACCCUUCUCACAGCUCUGGUAAAAAAUCCUCUGGCAGAACUGCUACAGAGGUCACUCUAGUGAAGACUGAGAAGGCUCAGGCACGUAACAAUAUUAUACAAGCUUUGGCUGGAUCAAACACCUCUCCAAGCAGGCCAGGAGGACUCAGUUCCACUGGUUCUUCAGCAUCUAGUAGUAGCAACUUUUCUCCUUCCAGUUCCCAGUCACAGAGUCCAGCUCUGAAAGCACAGACCAGCAAAACAGGCUACACAGCACCAAAACAGGAAAAGAUCACAGAACCUCUGCCCAAGAGUCAGACUACCAGCAAACCUGUUGAAUCUGUGCACAAGCCAGAGUCAAAAGGCCUCAAAGGAACUGCGAAUGCUGGUGAAGACAAGUCUGAGAGCCCAGCAGACUGGAGAUCUCGGUUGAAGCCCGUGGCCCACAAAGACCAGGCUGGCUCUAAGAAGCCUACUGAUCACUCACAGGUGGGAACAGGGAGCCCAACACAGAAAGAGAAAAAGCCAACUCCAUUAGUUGUUCCAUCAGCAAAGCAGGAGUCUGCUUCCUCUGGUGGAAUCCUUAAGAAGAAAUUGAUCCCCAGCCCAGAUCUUGGGAACUUUCAGAAUUCAAAGCAAAGAUGGAAAGAUCAUGGGGUUUCUGCCAAGAAGGAGGAAGAGAGCAGCCACCAGUUGAACCAAAACACUGUCACAUUUCAAUCCUCCAUUCCAAAAAGCAUCCAGAGCAGUGAAGCAGUGUCACCAACCAAGCUGCACCCAGACUACCUCCCCGAGGAGGAAAUCCAGAAGAAGGUACGUGACAUUGAGAAGCAGCUGGAUAUUCUGGAAUUGAAAGGAGUGGAUCUGGAGAAACAGCUGCGUGGCUGUGAAGGAGAUGAGUCUGAGGAUGCCCUCAUGGUGGAUUGGUUCAAACUGAUCCAUGAAAAACAGCUGCUGCUGAGACAGGAGUCAGAGCUGAUGUACAAGAUGAAACAGCAGAAUCUGGAGGAGCAGCAAUGGAACAUUGAGUUGGAGCUGAGACGGCUUGUGGACAAGCCAGAGUAUCUGAAGACACGCAGAGAGAAAGAACGUGAAAAGGAGCUGCUGGAUUCAUAUCUGAACACAGUCAAUGAUCGGAAUAAUAUUGUGGAGUGCCUGGAUGAGGACAGAAUCAGAGAGAAAGAGGAGGACCAGAUGCUGGCAGACAUGAUCCGGAAGCUGGAUGGAUCUCUCGAGGGCCAGGAGACAGAGAAGAAGAAGAACAAGUUCCGCUUGUCCAAAAUAUGGAAGCAGAAAAAUAAGAGUUAAACUCAGGAGUGGUGUUACUCUGCACACUGGUGCAGAGAGGACUGUCAAAGGGAUGUUCUUUUCUUGCUGCUGCUUUCCUGGACUUGUGCAAGAUGGUGACGAGGCCUCUUUCCUCUCUGCUGUGGAGACUGCAGGUUUCCAGGUCAAAGGGACAGUGUGAGUCCUCUCUCACUGGUGUGAGGCACACCUUUCCCAGAAGAUUUUCCUUCUUUGAAUCUAGCUCAGAGCUGGCUUCAGCCUUGUUGGCAGCUCAGCAGGAUGGAACUCAGUUUGCCCAUCCACUGCUUAGGUCGUUACAGACCUGAAUCAGGGAGCAUGGCACUGUGUGUCACCCCACAGUGCCCCACUCAGAUCAGCCAGGGCUAUGCCAAGGGUACUGUGCUGGUUCCCAAAAUGGCAGUUCUUUCUCCCUCCCUGCAUCUCCUUUGGCAGAAAGAGAUUCUAUGGGUCUCAAGAGAUCAAUGGCCUCCCCCUUAUUUACACCCAUGCAAACUGGAGUUUCAGCCCCCACAGCCAGGGGAAGCAGACACCAGAAUUACCUGUGGGUUGGGAUGUCUUAGAUCCAGAGACAUUUCAGCAGUAGUGCUGUUUCCAGACCUCCUUGUGGGAGUUGCUGUAGGCUGGUUUCUCAGAGCCGUGAAGGGCUGCUCACUGCUUCAUUCCCUCUAUGGGGGGGAUUUUUAACUCCUUGUUUCCCUCACUGCACAGAGAAGCAUGGUUUUCAUUGCUUGUGGCCCGCUAUGCUGAAGACAAACAGAAGUUUUCUUUUAACAGCCUUAUGCUAACAGGGAGCAGAAGGGCAUAACUGGGUUUGUCUCACCCAUCAGCUUUCUGCGUGGGACAAGCACACAUCUCCUGAGUCUCUGUGCCUGGACAUCCAGUGCCCUCAGGGGUUGCCAUGGUUCACCUUGGUGGAACCAGGGCAGCAAGGAGCAGUGCAAAGUAGGUGCUGGACUGCUGGCAGUGUGUCUUUGUCCUCCACGCUCAGUCCAGAGUGACUGCAGCCAGACAGCUGCCCUACGUGGCAUCAGCCUUUGCAGUCAACCUUGGGAGCAGGGAUAGAGAUGGCAGGGAAAGAUGAGAAUAAUUCAUGAUGCCUCUAGCUCUACUAUGCACUCCCCUGUGCUUCCUUCCUCCCUCCAUGCCAGGGUACUUCAUGAUUUCCCUGCGUCCUGUUCUCCAGCAGGGCCUGGGAUUUUUCAGCGAGGGGAUUUGCUGCCUGCUGUGCCCGGUGGCAAAGCAGAGGCGAUGCGUCCCUCACCCACGAGGUGGCAGUGGGACUCUCCGUCCGAGGCAGCCCGCCCUGGGCACCGCAGGGGUGAUCUCGGUAGGGUACCCAGCGCCCAAAGGGUUUCUCGCUGCCCACAGUGCGUGUAUGCGGUGGGACGCUCUGUACCUGCCUAUGUUUUCGUUUAAUAAAGAGCUGCUGGUGCACA